AUGGUAUCCGACCCGUCUGUGGCCAAUGCACUCGAGCCAACAGGGAAGUCGACUGUGAGUACACGGACGGACCAGUGCCCAGCCCCACGCAAGUUCUUGAAGAACAAAUCGCACGGCUGGAAGCUCGUAUCCGUGAACUCGAGCAUCCAGAGCUCGUAUCACCGUCCAUCAUCCUCAACCCGACUGGCGCUGCCCUGCAGGGACAGCUUACAGAAGAAUAGAUCCCUGCUUGGGAGGCUUGCCGUCACCGACCCCGUGGGCCCGACGAUCUCAGGUGCUACGGGCUCACAAGGUGGUCCCAUUCCUGCGUUAUCGCAAGACCCCUAUGUGGAUCCUCCCCAGGAUCUGGUGCGAACUUUCGUCAACGCAUUCGUGCCACAUAGCUCGUCGUUGAGCUUUUUCUUGCAUACCCCGAGGUUCAUGCAAGCAGUACACCUUCCUCCCGGCGAUUCACGGAGAGCACAGCUGUCACCCGCUCUCCUGAAUGCCGUAUUUCUUUGGGGCGCUCAUCUCUCGACGUCGAACGCCGUCCGGAGCUACGAAUCCGUGUUUCUAACUCGCGCAACUGCAGCUCUUUCUGCAGCGCUCAGAGACUCGCAUUACACCGUGAUGCACCUCAUCCAAGCGGAGGUGCUCGUGGCCAACUACUUCUUCUCCAUGAGCCGAUUCCUUGAGGGAAGAUAUCACUGCAGCGCUGCUGUAGCCCUCGCACUCAGCUGCCGCCUGACUAAAAUACGAAGUUCGGCGGAUCACCCGCCGCCGCACGGCUAUGCCGCCGGGAGGCAAGUGGAGCGCAGACAGGACCAGCAUCUCCCGCCUCCGCGUGAUCCGAUCGAGGAGGGAGAGCGGAUCCGUGGAUUUUGGUACGUAUACGCGCUCGACAAGAGCUGGGCGGUCGCGCUUGGCUCUCCGCCGCACUUCAACGGAGCUGCCCAAAGUGGCCUGCAUGUAGACACUCCUUGGCCCCUCGAGAUGGCGCAGUUUGAAGCAGGUGGGAUGCCUGCGGACUACCGUAGUUCGAUGACGGUCCUCAAUUUUCUUACCGGGGUAACGACCAGUCCCGCCUCAGCUCGCGACUCCCAGCUCUCUCUCCGCGCGAAGGCCGCGACUCUGUUUGAGCGUGCUACCCACCUAGCCUCGCAAUGGUCGACCGCGACCACCGAUCGGAACGAUGUAUACGGUAGAUUCGUCGUUCUUGAUGGGCUUAUAGACCGAUUCAUCGCUGCUCUACCUCCUCUUGACCGCUCUGGGGAUGCUGACGCAACAAUGACCUCUCUGGUAACCCACACGCUGGCCCGUGCAGCGACUAUCCAGCUCCGAAGCAGCUUCAAAGAUUUCGAUGGGAUAAACGACCGGAAGGACCUCUCUGCCGCAGAAGCAGCCGCUGCGCUCUUGGACAAUCUCAACAUUCCACCUGUCUACGUCGAUCCUAUCCUCGCGAUCUUGUGGACUGCCGUAUGCCGCGUGUUCAUUGGUGAGACACUUCGCCUCAAUGCUCCUCAGGCGUCCCUCUCAUACCCGCCUACCCAUGCUGCUGCACCUGGCUUGCUCCAACAACCGGCACGUGGUACCACUUCUGGUACGACAGGCCCAGGCUGGAGUCCCGCGCCACGGCGUGAAGCCGUCCGGGCUCUGCUCGACCGCGUGCUAGCCGCAAUGAACAGGUUCCGGGAGUCGUCCCCGCUGAUGGGUAUGCUUCAUGACGGCUUCGUCUCUGUGCAGGGCGCGAUGUGA